AUGGCCAAAGCCGGCCGGACAUUGGGAUUUUAUGGUGGUAUUGCGUUGCUGGACUGGAUUUAUCAGAUUCUGCUAAUGCCUAAAAUCGAGAAUAAGAUUCUCGACGAGAUUGAUCUCAUCUUCAGUCAGCCCAUCAGUCAGUUGAUGAUGCACAAUUUGUGCAAUACGACAAGGACUUUGAACGACUUGGUGAAUUUCAGGUUUGGAAAGGUUCUUCACGCCUGUGGAGGAGAGCCACGAAAUUGA